GAAACGCUUGAGCAUUCUCGGUAUUCCGAAAAGAGUAGUGUGGUAGUGGAAGGCAGCGCAACGGACAGAGCUUUGGCUUCGGCAGCUCAGCGUCGUGAAGCUGCGGUGUCCACCUCUGUACCACCGCAACUCGUCACGAUGUUCAGUUUCCAGCGGCAGAGCGUGCUAGGGACGCCAUCGGUACUUGUUUCUCGGGACAAGACGAGAGUUGGGCGACUCCUCACGUUCUCUUUUUCUGGUGGAGAAUUCGCCGACACUGACGAUUUUCGGCCGACUUUCGUUUUUUCACUCGGCAAGCGGCAAGGGUCGUCGCGGGAACUACCACAUUGCAGCGCAUUCGAUCAAGCUCUGUCCUUGCUCAAUGGCACAACCGUGAAUAAAAAAGCCAUAUUACUAUCGACAGCUAAUGUUCGGGACACCCAGUCUACUACUGCGGCUCGAUCUACUCUUGGAAGGGAUGCGCCAGGGAACAAUAAUACAGAGCAGGCAUCAAAUGGCUUGAGUACAAACGGGGGGCCAGCUAUAUUCGAUGUUGAUAAUGCGCUUACUAAUUCCGGAAGUGCUGCUUUGCCAGUCAUCGAGGUAAAUGAUAAUGUACAGCUUGUAGAGGAUCUGACAAGCAGCGGAGGCAAUCACAGUCGUCUCGACACAGAAGGCGAAACUAGUUUGAAAUCGUAUCGCACAGUACUCCCGAGACCCACAGACCUGUUCGUUUGGACGCCAAGUACACCUGAUAGCGCCAAUCUCUCACCAGCAGCACAGGGAGCAACAUCUUCAACGACCGGCGUCGAUUUUUUCCCCUACCAAGUAGAUGCCGCAGUGUCUUCUUCAGCGCAAUCGACGAGCCAAAGUCCUGUCCCCGUUAGACGGCCACCACUGGCAUAUCAUCUCGAGCUUCCGUUUUUACCCGCGACUACGUCCGGCGUGGUGACUGCGAGUUACGAUAUCUGUGUUCGGGGUUUCUUAGAUGGCAAUCUGCAUUAUGGGGUUAGCGACACCGCGUUUGUGAACGUUGGGCAUAGCAGUCCCACAGUCUUCACGCUUCCGGAAUCGGUGCAGUUAGAGUGGCGGGUCGCAGAUUUUGAUUUCGCAAACGACUUCUCCGAAACCGGCGCUGCAGUGUGGCGAGUGCAGCUAUCUGAGGCGCUUCGGUCUACGCUCGAUCUCGGAAGCCCAGACUGGGUGCGCGCCAUCUCUUUCAGCUCGGGCAGCUUGCGCAUCGCAGCUGACGUGGCCAUGACGGCAGCCCACGCGGCCACGCGCGCACAGGCAGACGCCUUGACAGAUUUUGUGCAGACGAAUUUGCUUCAAAACCAAUACGAGAGCGUCGAAUUGAC